CGUAGGACCAAGAAGUUACCUAGGAAACUAGUUUGAUCAGCAAAUUGAUUAAAGAAACAGUGGUUAGUGAUAAAAAUAGGAAAAAGGAAACAAUUGAUGACAAUACACUCAAAAUUUGGCCAAAAAGUUAAAGCAUUCACUGCCGAAAGAAAGCUGUUGAAGGCAAAUCCUCCGUUAAGCUUCGGUCUUGUCCAGUUUACGUGUUAAUAGUGGAAAUCAUUUAGAUAGUGUUUUAAGCUAAAGAAAAUAUCGGUGCAUUCUUUUUCCAAAGAAAAAAUCAACGUACAAAACGGAUUUAGAACAAUUCAUACAGAAAACGGAUACGAAACCCAAACCCGUGAGUCACUAACGACAAAAAACAAAACUAGAUAUAGUUUACGUAAAGAUAGUAAGCGACAAUACUACAGAAAAUGAACAAAAACGUUUUCCUAGUAACGUUCCUACUCCACAUGAGUCAUGUGUAUUACUGUAUUGAAGAUCCGGAUAGGAUAGACGUGGUGGAUAUGACCAAGCCCACUACUUGGCGGGACCUGGCCAUAUACUACGGUGCUGUGGAAAAGCAUUGGAAGAUGUGCAUCAACUGCGGUGUGCCAGACUUGGGCACUGGUAUACAUCUGGAACAUACUGGCAGCACGGGAUCCAUGCACCCUGCCGUCAUACCCUCGGAAUAUCUUUUAAGUCGACUAUCAAUAGUGGACGUGAGCACACUGACCACGCUGAACCCCUCAGUGGUUCUAACCCUGGACGUGGCGUUACAAUGGGCAGCACUGAAGCAUGACCCCAAGGAACCAACACUGCUGCUCUUCAAGUUCGGGUGGACGGAGGAAGACAACAGCCGGAUCAACGUCGGUGCCUGCGUUUGUAAAGUACCUGGUUUAAGCUAUGAGCUAGCAGAAUGGAUAGCAGCGAACUUGAGCCACGUGGUUGGAGUAGCGACUGACACUCCCACCUUCGAGUCGGAGCAGACCAGGGAGUUUGCCAGCAGAACUGUCUCCAACGUGCUGGGGAGGAGCGGGAUCUACAUGAUUGAAAAUGUACAUUUUAGGAGGAAAAUGCCAGAACAAGGCUGCAUGGCGCUAGCUAUGCCCUUAAAACUCCUGAACGCGCCCUACGUGCCUACUCGCUUAACAGCCUUCUGCCCAUCCACAAAAUCAGAUCUACACGUCGUGAUGGCUCUCAAGAAGGAAAUUCCUAUCCAAACUAGACUGCCAAACAGCAGAGUGUAUGAUGUCAAUCUAGACGAAAUAUUAAGCUAGAAUGGUAAUAAAUAGGGUUGGAAAUUAUUAUGCUAGAAUACUAAGUCUUUACCUACGCGUGAUAUUGUUAGAGUUGUUUAUUUACCGUAAAAUCGGGUAUGUUUGACACAAACAUGUUGUAUAUCAACAAAAAACUAAUAUAGGAACGCUUUGUUCUAAAUUCUUAUUGGUUAUAGGAUUUGGAGCAAAGUUGCUAGUGGGUCAAAAUAGCCCGAACUUACCUGGUAUUUAUUUAUACUUAUAUUAUAUUGGAAAACCAACAGCUAUACAUGGCAAAUAAAUAGUGGCAAAAUUAUUUAGUGAUACUGCCGUUACAAACGGCAAUUUCAUAGGUAAAGACUUAUUAUUACAAAAACAAGAAAGAAUCAAAGCCAUAUCGGUCCAGCCGUUCUCGAGUUUUAGCGAGACUAACGAACAGCAAUUGAUUUUUAUAUAGAUUAAGUGUGAACGAAAAAAGUAAACGUGUUUAUUAUGAUCCGUAAGUGCGCUCGCCAUUUUUUAUUUAUUUUAUUAUACGUUAAAAAUGUUUAUUUGAGGAAUUAUAGACCUUAAGCAGCUUGUUAUAGAAAUUGUAUUAUGUUAUACGUUGAUUUUAGCUACAU